UUCAUAUUUAGCUCUCUACUUUUACCUAAAUUUAAAGUGUAAAAUAUGCGGGAAAUCGUUCAUAUACAAACUGGCCAAUGCGGUAAUCAAAUUGGAGCAAAAUUUUGGGAGGUGAUAUCUGAUGAACAUGGAAUUAAUCCGGCGGGAUGUUAUCAUGGUGAUAGCGAUUUGCAACUGGAAAGAAUUAAUGUUUAUUAUAACGAAGCGGCAAUGGGUAAAUUCGUGCCAAGAGCAGUGCUGGUGGAUCUGGAACCCAGCACUAUGGAUUCCGUGAGAUCUGGGCCAUUCGGCCGUAUUUUCCGUCCCGAUAACUUUGUGUUCGGUCAAUCUGGUGCCGGCAAUAAUUGGGCCAAAGGUCACUACACGGAAGGCGCUGAACUUGUGGAUCCUGUUUUGGACGUCGUUCGAAAAGAAGCGGAAGGAUGUGAUUGCGUACAAGGCUUUCAACUGACCCAUUCGCUUGGUGGCGGCACCGGCUCCGGUCUAGGUUCCCUGCUCAUUUCUAAAAUUCGCGAAGAAUAUCCAGACCGCAUAAUGGCCACAUUCAGCGUCGUUCCAAGUCCCAAAGUAUCCGACACAGUAGUAGAACCUUACAACGCCAUGCUCUCGGUCCACCAGCUCGUUGAGAACACCGAUGAAACUUACUGUAUCGAUAACGAGGCCCUGCACGACAUCUGCUUUCGCACACUAAAACUCACAACUCCCACGUAUGGCGAUCUGAAUCAUUUGGUAUCCGCGACCAUGUCGGGCGUUACCACCUGUCUCCGUUUCCCCGGUCAGUUGAACGCGGAUUUGCGCAAAUUGGCCGUGAACAUGGUUCCAUUUCCUCGGCUGCACUUUUUCAUGCCCGGAUUUGCACCGCUGACGUCGAGGGGCAGCCAACAGUAUCGUGCUCUCACCGUGCCCGAGUUGACGCAGCAGCUAUUCGACGCCAAAAACAUGAUGACGGCCUGCGACCCCAGACACGGGCGAUAUCUGACGGUCGCCGCCGUCUUCCGAGGCAGGAUGUCCAUGAAGGAGGUCGACGAACAAAUGGUGAAUAUUCAGAACAAGAACAGUAGUUAUUUCGUGGAAUGGAUUCCGCACAAUGUGAAAACGGCCGUGUGCGACAUUCCGCCGCGCGGACUUAAGAUGUCGGCUACGUUUAUAGGGAACACGACCGCUAUUAUGGAAAUUUUCAAAAGGGUCGGAGAUCAGUUUAUCGCCAUGUUCAGGCGCAAAGCCUUCUUGCAUUGGUACACUGGCGAGGGCAUGGACGAGAUGGAGUUCACCGAAGCCGAAAGCAACAUGACAGACCUUGUGUCUGAGUAUCAACAGUAUCAAGAAGCUUGCGCCGAGGACUGUGAUGACAUUUGUGACGAAGAAUUUGGCGAGGAGUUUAGAUGA